AAAGUCGAAAAGCAGAAAGAAAACACCCCUCCAAAUUCGGACAGCUUGAUCUAAACGCAUAAGCGCCCAUAAAUCAUAAUUCCUUUCCGUUUCAGCCAUGCCUGCAGCGAAACCUCCUGCGCCGAGAAAAAGACAACGAAAACGCAAACGACGAGCUGUUGCUUCGUCUUCGUCUUCUUCAGACUCGGAUUCUGACUCUUCGAGUGGGUCUGAUCGACCCGUUGUACGCAAAGUACCAGUUCAAGCGAAGAAACCUCAGGAGCACGAAGAUGAAUCCUCCUCAUCUUCAUCGUCUUCAGAAGAGUCUGAAGACUCGGAAUCUGCACGUCGUAGAGAGGCUCGGAAGGCUUUAUUUACGCCCAAAAAUGUGGAACCCGAAGUAGAAGAAGAACUCCAAGCACAACCGAUUAUUGGACAUGCUCAACGACCUCGACGUUCGCCCUCGCCGGACGUCCCACCACAUCCCGUUCCUUUACCCUCUUUUCUGCCAGAAACUGGCGAUGCAGGGGAAGAUGCGCGGAAAGAACAGGAGCUGAAGGAGAGGUUUAGGAAACUUUGGAUGUCGAGUAUCGCCGAUGCGUUCAAGGAUGAUCUCGAGGUCAUACAAAAGGAACCUAAUAUGAAUCCAUCACGGCUUGCCGUCCUGAUCGAAUCCCUUGCUUCGGGUGCAGACGUCUUCUCAUCCUCGGCAAGACCGGGUGCAGACGAAGUGAACGAGAUGCAGAUUGUACUGGACGCUGCAGAUGCUGCUGAACAACGAAGAGCCCGUUGCCAGCAAGCUGAGGGGGAUGUGGAUAUGGCGGAUGAAGAGGAGAUGUAGACUGAAGGUGUGCUGUUCAUCUAUUUUUUUGAUUGCAGAUCUCAACUGACGAUAUGAUUCUCAGUCUCUGCAGCUUUGUUCUUUUGUUGACGCUCAGGAUUUGCUACUGCUUCAAUACGAGAGAAAUUACUUGCAUUUGGGCGAAGUUUCUAACUUCAGAUCCGGUGUAUUGGUGUCCCGCAGUCUUGUAAGCCGGGGUGCUCCCUCAGAAGCUCAUAGCUUUAAAGCUUGGCUUACAUAUCUGGGAUACGCCGAGGAAAUAGAGGAUGUCAAAAGUACUACGCAAUUGUAUCAAUAGACCGCAGAUACAGUAUACCGUUCAUAUUUCGCCUUUCCAACACCUUAUGACUGAUGACUACAUGACCUGCUCAACAACAGCAUUUCAUCCAACGUGAUUGUGGCGGAAAGCAUGUAUCAUAUUCUCAUGAUAUCAUAGUGGGUGAUGCUAUCCAUAGAGGAAAGUAUUUUGAAGGCGAGCAAAAUACAAGUGAGGAAUAAGCGGAAAGCAGCAAGUCGACCCUAAAAAGAAUACAUCUAGUACGCCUUCUUGCCAGCAGCAAGUUGAAGGUGUGCGCUGUGCUCGUCGUAGGGAACCUUUGACACGGGAAUUUCUCGCCAGAGGUCGGGGGUGAGGAAAGCGUAUGUUUUGGUGAU